AUGAAGGUUAGGUGGUGGUCGGUCGCGAUACAGGCGGCAGAGGUGACAGACGGCGGCGGUACAGGCGGCAGCUGCGAUUGA